AUGAGGGCGGCGGCCUGGGGAGCCCGCGGUCGGGCGUCACACUGUCGGCGUCCGGGGGGCGGGCUGACGCGAGCCCGGCGGCCUGGGCGAGGUCACUACGGCUGCCCAGCGGGAUCGUUUCGGGGCCCCGCGACUAUUGGCCGGGGUUGCGGCUCGCAGCUGCGUGGCCCGGGCCACCUGAACGAGGACAACGCGCGCUUCCUGCUGCUCGCCGCGCCCAUCGUGCUCUACCUGCUGGGCGGCGGUUUGUUCUCUUCGAGGCUGAGCUGGCGCAUUGAGCGCCAGGCUUGGCGAAAGGCUGGGGAGGAGCGCCCGGGUCAACUUCAGCCGCCGCCACACAACCUGAGCUUUUCAAGAGAGCUGCGCGGCUUCCCACAUCACGAGGAGGCCACUGAGGCUGGUAUCCCUGCGUGGGAUAUGCCCCGUCAGUGUUGGGACUUCACCGUGCUCUUCUUACUUCUGGGGACAGUGGAAGGGACCCUGGGGUUUGGGAUGACCACUCCGGCGACAGUGGGAGGAAAAAUCUUUCUGAUCUUCUACGGCCUCAUUGGGUGCGCGAGCACCAUCCUGUUCUUCAACCUCUUCCUGGAGCGCCUCAUCACCGUCAUUGCCUACAUCAUGAAGUCAUGCCACCAGCGACGGCUGCGGAGACGAGGGGCCCUGUCCCGGGAGAGCCUGAAGCCCCCGGGCAGGUGCGAGGGGGAUAGCUCGGCCGGCUGGAAGCCCUCCGUGUACUACGUGAUGCUGAUCCUGUGCCUGGCCUCCCUGCUCAUCUCCUGCUGCGCAUCGGCCAUGUACACCUCCAUCGAAGGCUGGAGCUACUUCGACUCACUCUACUUCUGCUUUGUGGCCUUCAGCACCAUUGGCUUCGGGGACCUCGUCAGCAGCCAGAACGCCCAGUAUGACAGCCAAGGCCUCUACCGCUUUGCCAACUUCAUGUUCAUCCUCAUGGGCGUCUGCUGCAUCUACUCCUUGUUCAACGUCAUCUCCAUCCUCAUCAAACAGUCCGUGAAUUGGAUCCUGAGGAAAAUGGAUGGCGGGUGCUGCCGACGAUGCCAAAGGAGGCUCCUGAGGUCCCGGAGGAACGUGGUCAUGCCGGGCAACAUCCAGGACCGGGGCAACAUCUCCAUAGACACGGAUGGGGUGAUGGACAGCGACACGGACGGGCGGCGUCUCUCGGGGGAGAUGAUCUCCAUGAAGGACUUCUUGGCCGCCAACAAGGUCUCGCUGGCCAUCCUCCAGAAGCAGCUGUCUGAGACGGCCAACGGCUGCCCGCCCCAGGCCAGCGCGCCGUCCCGGGACAACGAGUUCUCAGGGGGGGUGGGGGCCUUUGCCAUAAUGAACAACAGGUUGGCGGAGACCAGUGGGGACAGGUAG